AUGAAUUGGCGACUCAUUUUCGCUGCAGUACUCGCUUUGCCAACCGUUCUCGGCGUCAGAUGGCACGGUCUCAACAAAGCCGGUGAUCUCAAUGAUCCUUCCACUCAGCUGAACCUCAUGAUUUAUCGCUGGAACAACGCUUGUAGCAGCAUCAAAGGCUAUGGCGAGCUCAAGCCAAACGGCAUUGGGGAGAUCGUGUGCCACUGCACUUUCAAAGACACGCACAAUAAAGAACAUGACUACGCUCUUGGUACUGUGGCUUACCUUGGUGCACAUGGCUAUCCCGGCUGGGAAGUGUCGCAAGGCUAUGAAGAGGGGAAGCGCUGA